UCCCCCACCUGUGACAAUGUUGUAAGCCCCCAAGAGGAAAACGUGCCAGACAGCCCAAAAUUGCCCAAGCAAGUCAGGUGGCCCAAGUGGAGACUUGCAGAAAUUUCUAGAGCCUUGUGGAUGGCUCUGGGACGUGCUGGAACAUACUAGAAAACUCUGGGCAAUUGGCUGGCUGAAAUUGGCUUGCUAGAAGGAGUUUGGGCCAACCAAACCUCAUUUUGGGCUAAUAGCUUGCAAGGAGUCUGGAAGGUUCCAGAAUUCUCUCCACUUCUCUUGAAGUCUCUCCAUUUCUCUUGAUUCUUCAAGAAGCCUUGCACCAAUCUUGAGGAAUUGGGAGGGAAGAUGAGGAGGUGCCUCUCCCUAUAAAUACUUGUUGCCUAGGCUUGUAAAUGCCAACUUGAGUGGUGUGAGCUAUCAAGAGUCCCUAAAAGAGUUCUUGUAUACUUCUCUUUGUACACACUUUGCAAUUGUACAUAAUAGAGUUCUCUUUGGCCCAAUCAAUCUCUCUUGUGCAUUCCAAGUGUGAGUGUGGGUGUGCUUGAGUUCUUUGCUGGAAUAGGCUUACUUGUCUUCGGUGUUGGGGAAAUCUGCCGAGCAAGUGCCGCACUAGGCAAGCUGAAAGUCUUGACCUGUGACACGUGGUAUCAGAGCCAAGGUUGCAACAAGGGGGUUUGUAACCAUGUCAAGCAAAGACGCUGAAGCAAGCAACCUCUCGGAGGUGCAAGAGGAAAGAGGGCGUGAGGAAGCCCGUGUGCAGCCAAAGAGGCGAGCCAAGUCGAAGGAGUCGGCUAGGGGAGCUGUUGUUCCUUCGGAUUUGGUAGAAGCCUUCGAAGCAAGGCUGGCCAAGCUGGAGUUGGCCGUGGGGGAUAUCAUGGACACUCUUGACUCGCGGGAGGAAGAGCAGGAGGCCAUGAAGGAGGAACUCGAGGGGGCUAUGCAAGGUGCGUUGAAUUCCUUCAUCGAUUCCAUCAAUAAGUCCAUGGAGGAAUUUCGUGGUGCCAUUGCUGCGGAAAUUUCGUCCCUUAAGGAAGAUGUGGCUAUUUGCAAGGCUGCUGUAUCUGCUGGAGUCACUACAGCUAGUGUUGCCCCGAAGAUUAAAGUCCCGGAACCACCAAAAUUUGGAGGUAAGAGAGAUGCUAAAGAACUUGAUAACUUUUUUUGGCUUGUUGAGCAAUACUUGGAUGCCUUGAAUGUUGUUGAUGAUGCUACCAAAAUCAAAACCACCACUCUCUACCUUGAACAUGAUGCUAUCCUUUGGUGGAGACGUCGUCAUGCCGAGAUGGAGAGGGGACUGGUGGAGAUUCGCACUUGGGAGGCAUUCAAGGGGGAACUAAAGAAGCAAUUCUACCCCGAAAAUGCCGAAGAAGUUGCGAUGAAGAAGCUGCGUGGGUUAAAGCAUACGGGAUCCCUUAAGGAUUACAUUCGGGAGUACUCCUCCCUUAUGCUGGAAAUCCCCGACAUGCCCGACAAAAGCCGCUUGCUAUAUUUUCUUGAUGGGCUGCAGCGGUGGGCAGAACAAGAACUGAAGCGAAGGGGUGUCCAAGAUCUUGCUAGCGCGAUUGCUGUGGCCGAAUCGCUGGUGGAAUUCUCUAAGGGGCAGGCUAAGAAAGAAAAGCCUAAGAAGGGCAACUAUGGCAAAGGUGGGGGAGACAAGCCCCACAAGGCAGGCAAGCCUUUUAAGCCAAAGGAGAAGCAGCAGCAGGGGGAAGGAAGUAGCAAGGAUCGGUCUAGGCCGAAGAACGACUGCUUUCUCUGUGGCGGGGCUCAUUGGGUGCGUGAGUGCCCCACUCGAGCCAAGCUGAAUGCCAUCGCAUCUACCUACGAAGGGACAUCCCAAGAAGGGGAGGCCGCGCAACUGGGGACGUUGCGGGUGAUGAACGCUGUGCGAGCCAAGGUAGCCACGGGGGAGACUACCAAGGCUAGGCCAAUUCCCAAACUCCAGCCAGGGAAGGCCUUGAUAUUUGUGGGCGCCAAGGUGAAUGGUGUGGACACCAAGGCGUUGCUGGAUAGUGGGGCAAACCAAAACCUCGUUUCGGUGGAGGAAGCUGCCAGGUUAGGCCUAAAGGUGGCCAAGGAGCCUGGAUGCAUGAAGGCAGUAGACCAACCUGCCAAACCUCUUUUCGGUGUUGCUCAUGGUGUGCCCCUACAGCUUGGAAAUUGGGUAGGCACCGUUGAUUUGAGCGUGGUGCCUUUGAAGGAUUUCCAAUUGGUCAUCGGGCUAGACUUCAUGGAGAGAGUCUUGCCCUUCUCCUUGACCGAGGAUGGGUGCAUGACGUUUAGGAGUGCUGGCCAAGAUUAUACGGUGGCUGUGGAGCGACAGCCAGUGCAAGGGGGAGUUCUUUCUGCUAUGCAAGUAGCCAAGGGAGUCAAGAAGGGGGAGGAGACAUUUCUGGUAGCCUACAAGGAAGAAGGUAACCCCUCUAACUCUCUUGAUAUCCCUCAUGAUGUUUCUAAGCUAUUGCUAGAAUUUGCCGAUGUUAUGCCCCCGGAAUUGCCCAAGAAACUUCCCCCUAGAAGGGAGGUCGAUCAUGCUAUUGAGCUGGAACCGGGUGCAAAACCCCCAGCAAUGGUUCCUUAUCGGAUGGCUCCUCCAGAAUUAGAAGAAUUGCGGAGGCAGUUAAAAGAGCUAUUGGAGGCCGGUUUCAUCCGCCCCUCCAAGGCUCCUUACGGUGCCCCUGUGCUGUUCCAGAAGAAACACGAUGGCAGCCUUCGCAUGUGCAUCGACUAUCGGGCGUUGAACAAGGUAACGGUGAAAAACAAAUACCCGAUACCUUUGGUGGAUGAGCUGUUCGAUCGGUUGGGCAAAGCUCGAUGGUUUUCAAAGCUAGACUUAAGGUCGGGCUAUUGGCAAGUUCGGAUUGCUGAAGGGGAUGAAUCCAAGACUACUUGCGUGACCCGUUAUGGCUCCUACGAAUUUCUGGUCAUGCCCUUUGGGCUGACAAACGCGCUAGCAACAUUCUACACCCUCAUGAAUAAAAUCUUCCACCAAUUCUUGGACAAGUUUGUAGUGGUAUACUUGGAUGACAUCGUGGUCUAUAGUGAAAGCUUGGAGGACUACGUCCAGCAUCGGAGGAAGGUGUUGGUCGAUUAAGACAGUAGGACGGUG